CACACCAUCUGCAACAAACAUGAAGAACAUCUGAGUCCAAACUCACAGCAGAUCAGCGUUAUAUCCAUCUAUAUUUACAUAAGCCACCAUGACUGAGAGCUGUCACACAGAUUUGAUGGCGGAGGAGCAGAUGGAGAUCGAGGGGCUGAAGAUGCACAAGCAGAUCCUGCUGGAGGACAUUGAGAAACUGAAGAACCAGAUUGAAAACGUCAUGGCAGACAUUCAGGAUUUCAAAUCAGCAGAAGACACUAAGAUGCUGGAGAGGGAGAAACGCUUCUGUAGUGGUAAGAAGAAAUUCAACAUGGAUCCUAAAAAGGACAUGCACCUGCGGAUUCUCAAAGCGUUCGUGGAGCUGCACGAGUUUUCAGAUCUUAACCUGGUCCAGGCGUUACGGCAGUUCUUGUGGAGUUUCCGUCUGCCGGGUGAAGCUCAGAAGAUCGACCGUAUGAUGGAGGCCUUCGCCACACGCUACUGUAACUGCAACGCCAACGUCUUCCAGUCCACAGACACGUGUUAUAUCCUGUCGUUUGCCAUCAUCAUGCUGAACACGAGUCUGCACAAUCCCAACGUGAAGGACAAGACCUCGCUUGAGAGAUUCAUCAGCAUGAACCGCGGCAUUAACAACGGACAAGAUCUGCCCGACGAGCUUCUGACGAAUCUGUACAACAGCAUACGCAACGAACCCUUUAAAAUCCCAGAGGAUGAUGGGAACGAUCUGACGCACACCUUCUUCAACCCGGACCGAGAGGGCUGGCUGCUCAAACUGGGCGGCCGUGUGAAGACGUGGAAGAGACGCUGGUUCAUUCUGACUGAUAACUGCCUGUAUUAUUUUGAAUUUACCACGGACAAAGAGCCUCGCGGCAUCAUUCCUCUGGAGAAUCUGUGCGUGAGGGAAGUCAUGUUUCCACGCAAACCGUAUUGUUUGGAGCUGUAUAACCCCAACAGCCGAGGUCAGAAGAUCAAGGCGUGUAAGACGGAGACGGAUGGACGUGUGGUGGAAGGGAAGCAUCAGUCGUACACCAUCUGCGCCGCUUCAGCCGAGGAGAGAGACGACUGGAUCGAGUCCAUCAGGGCCAGCAUCACUAAAGACCCCUUCUAUGAUCUGGUGUCCAUCCGCAAGAAGAAAGUCAUCAACAAAGUGCCAGAGAAAUGAUGAAAAGACCGAAACGACCGAAACUACGACUACAGACAAACAGACAGAACCACUUAUUUAUUAAAGCUCACUCAAAGCUCAGGAGAUCAGGUCAGUCUCACAUGUUUCUCCUGAGACAUACAGAUUCAAAUGAGUCAAUAGUUCGGAGUAUAAAUCUGUGAAAUGAAUGUGGAGCAGCUCGGCUCAUUUGAAGAGAAUUGACUGAGAUCAUAUUUGAGACAUUAUCGAGUUUAUUGACUUUUUUGAGACACGUGUGAGAUUACUGGUGUCUUUUGGGGCAAUGAAUGUCUAUUUAACCUCACUGUCCUCCGGGAGAAACAGUUGAGAUCAUAAAGAGACACUGAGAUUUAACGUGGAAACCUGCAGAGACGUCUGAUGAUGCUCCAGUGCCGCGCCGGAUUGAUUCCCCUUCAGGACAAACACAUUUACUUUGACUUCUUUGUAGCAAAUGUUUUUCAUGUAAAAUAUUGUUUUUGUAAAUAGUAUAGAUCAUACAGUGUGAAAGACUAUAGGUGAUGAAUUGUACAAUAGAUUAUUUAAUUUAAACUAUCUGAGUGUCACACGAUGAUUGUUGUUUAUGAAAGGUCUCUGUGUUUGAGUUUGAGAAGAAACACACAUUAGUGCCGACAGGAGUCAUUACAAAACAUGACUUUUGUGUUGGUUUUGUUAAAAGAAGAAGUUCAGCGUCAUUCUCACACA